AAUCAAACGCUUUUCGUUGUCUAUUAUGAAUGAUCCCAAAAACAGAAAGAAAUGUGCAGCGUUUCUUUAUCAUCCAUAAUUUCCAUGAUAAAUGAACAACAUGUAAAAAAAAGGAAAAAAACUUUUAAAUUCCCGUUUCUUGAUUAAAUAUUUUUGUAUAAAAAAUCCUACUUGCGAUCGUCAUCAACAUACAAAUCUAUCAGCACUUUCUUUCAUUCGAGCUGGAGAUAAAAUAUCCUGUUCAUCCCUAUUUCAUUGCCAUCAUUUAUUGUUUAUUGUUGUAAUACGUGUUUUUUUUUAUGUAAAAAAAACUCGAAUAAGUCAAGUAAAAACGGAGGACCAGUAGCAGUUGAAUGCUUCACGGUCUCGUAUACUUCUGGAAUUCCGUUAAAGGAUAUACCUCAAACAGUUGGUUACAUCCUUUUUGCCUUUUCGUUCAUGCUCAAUUACUUUACGUCUAUAUACGUAUCAUAUGCUCGCCACCACCGUUGUGUAGUAGAAGACUGAGCGAACGACCUUUCGUAAGUAAAGAAGACGGAACGACUUUUACACGUAGCUUUUGUUAGAAAUUAAACGAAACUGGCUUAAAAUUGCGAAUUCUGUCAUAAUUCCCAUUCGAAUGAUGUAAAAUGAAAUGUACCUAGAGAAGUCAAAAGUAUAUAAGAAGAGAAUGGAACUAGGAUCGAUCAUCUUUAUUCGAAUCCAAAAGUUUCAUUUCAAAUUUGGUUCUAGUAAUUACUCCAUUUCAUAACAUGGCAGGUAAAUUUUCUAAGAAGAGUUCUGGCUACGGUGGCUACGGAAGGCCCGCUCGUGAGGAUCCUAGAGUCACAAAUCUUUAUGAUGAAGACGUUGAUCCAGAUGAACCCUCUAGUGGAUACUUCGAGGAAGAAGAUAUCGGAGCCGAAAGAACAUCUGGCUAUGAAACCCGCUCUCAUGGUGCCGCAAAAGACUACGGCAUAGAGAACGUUUUGGGCGAUGAAGGGUACGAAGACGAAGAUGCUCUUGAUACUGGUGAUUUUGCACAGGAAGAGUCCCAACGCGGCAAGAACCUUGGUAAUGUCCGUGGCGGUUACAAGGCCACUUUGCAUAACCCCAAUAUCUCCGGCGAUGCCAAGAAACAUGCUCAACAAGUACUUGAUGAAUUGGACGAUGAGACACAAGAUUAUUAAAAUAUUUCCAUAAUCAUGAUGAUAUGUAUGAUAUUCAGUAACGAUUUUAUGUUAUCCCACACAGAAAUUAGAUAACAGAUAUAUAUGAAAGAAAUUGAAUGCAUUUUAAUUUUUUUGGACAUAGUCAGAUCAAAAAGAAAAAUAAGGUAAAC